CAUUAUCCAUUUACAAGUUACAACUAGACCAACACAGGCAGACCGUGGGCCCAUUUCUUGAUCACCGUAGGCGCGCACACGAGCACAUAUUUGAACUCUUUUUUAAGAGUUGUAAUAUUCUCACGAACACAUAUUCGAACUCUUGUUAAGAGUUGUAACUUCUCAAAAUCUGGGAGACAACGCUGUUGAGCAAUUAUACCAAAUUUUGUAUUUAAUUCUUUAAUUGUUCAAUUCUUAAAUGUGGAGUAAAUGAGAUCCCUCAAGGAGGGGCUGAAGUUCCACGCGCACGCCGUCAAAUCCGGUUUUCUCCCAAGAAUCGUCACCGCCAAUCAACUCAUCGAUUUCUACUCCAAACACAGUCUUACCAGAGAUUCCCACAAACUGUUCGAUGAAAUGCCUGACCGAAACGUGUUCUCUUGGAACACCAUAAUAAGCGCCUAUAUCAGAAGCAGAAAUUUAACCAAAGCAAAGGAGCUUUUCGAUUCUUCCCCGCUCAAAGAUUCCGUCACGUAUAAUCUGGUGAUAUCGGGCUAUGCACGCAGUGAUGGUUGUGAAAGUAAUGCUAUUGAAUUGUUCAUUCAGAUGCAGCUUGAUGAAGACGGAGCUAGGAAUGAUGAGUUCACACUGACCACGAUGCUUAAUUUAGUGGCCAAGUUACGGGUUCUGCGGUAUGGCGUGCAGGUGCAUGCGUUUAUGGUGAAGAGCGGGAAUGAUCGGAGUGGUUUCGCCUUGAGUUCUUUGAUAGACAUGUACUCGAAAUGUGGGAGCUUCUGGGAUGCUUGCAGGGUUGUUAACGGACGAGGAGGAGGCGAGGGCAUGGUGGAUUGUGUGGUGAAGAACGCCUUGGUUGCUGCUUGUUGCAGAGAGGGGGAGCUAGAAACAGCGAAAGAGAUCUUCUUGAGUGAUCCCGAGUUAAAUGAUGAGGUGUCGUGGAACACAAUGAUCGCGGGCUUUGCUCAGAAUGGGCGCGAGGAGGGAGCAGUGGAGCUCUUCAAGUGUAUGGCGUUGGAGGGCUACCGUUGGAACGAGCACACUUUCGGCAGCUUGUUGGCAGCUUGCUCUGCAUUGAAGAGCUUGAAGCUUGGGAAGGAAGUUCAUGCUCGGGUUUUGAAGGACGGGAUGUAUUUGAAUCCGUUUAUAAGUAGUGGCAUUGUUGAUAUCUACUCUAAAUGUGGUGAUAUGAGGUCUGCUGAUCGUGUUGUUAGAGCGACCGGGAUGAGCAACGUCUUUGCUGUGACCUCGAUGAUUGUGGGGUAUGCAGCCAGAGGUGAGAUGGGGGAAGCGCGGAGGCUCUUUGAUUCGGCCGUUGAGAGGAAUUUUGUGAUGUGGACUGCUGUCAUUUCUGGCUAUGUGAGGCUGCAGAGAUGUGAGGAUGCUUUUGCUCUGUUCCGUGUGUACGCAGCGGAGGAGGCGACGGGUUUGGAUGGUGUGAUCCUCGUGAGCAUGCUUGGCGCGUGUGCUGUGCUAGCCGGUGUGGAUCCGGGGAAGCAGAUUCACGGUUACAUGUUGAGGGCCGGAGUUGCAGUGGAUGAGAAGGCGAUGAGUGCUUUGAUUGACAUGUAUUCGAAAUGUGGGCUUUUGCUGUAUGCUGAGAGAUUGUUUGAGAGAGUUGGGAUUAGGGAUACCAUCAUGUACAAUGUGAUGAUUGCUGGCUUUGCUCACCACGGCCAUGAGCACAAAGCUAUCCGUCUGUUUGAGGAGAUGGUGGGGCGGGGGCUUCGCCCCGAUGGUGUCACGUUCAUUGCUCUUCUAUCCGCCUGCCGCCACUGUGGGCUAGUCGAAGCAGGUGAGCGUUAUUUUGUGUGUAUGAGUAGAGAUUAUGGUAUAGAGCCUGAGAUGGAUCACUAUGCUUGUAUGGUUGAUUUGUAUGGAAGGGCUAAUGAGGUAGUGAAGGCUGUGGCGUUCAUGGAGAAGAUGCCCAUUGAGCCGGAUGGUGUUGUGCUGAGCGCGUUUCUGAAUGCUUGCAGAGGUAGCAGGAGCGUAGAGCUUGCGAGGGUGGCGGAGGAGAAGGUGGCGGAGAUUGGUGGGGACGAGGGGUCGAGGUAUUUCCAGGUGGCGAGCGUGUAUGCAUGGGGCGGGGAGUGGGGGGAGAAGGGGAGGGUGAUGAGGAGGAUGAGAGAGAAGGAGGUGAAGAAGGUUGCUGGGUGCAGCUGGAUACAGCUUGGUGGUGGAGUUCAUAGCUUUAGGUCAGGUGAUAGAUCUCAUGCACAAGCAGAGGCUGUGUAUUCUAUGCUUACUCAACUCUAUGAUAAACCAAGUGUUGAUGAAGACUCUUCAAUGUUGCCUUUCUUCUCUCCCUAGAAGUUUUGUUUCGGAGACUAUGGAUAGAGGUGUCAACGUGGCAGUUUUUGAGCCGCGAAUUGCAGUUGAAGCUGAAGAAACUUGUUAGGAGGAUACUUGAAGGAAGCAUGUUGCUUCAUCGCUCGCAUCACUACCAAAUAAAAUGGACAAGUAUUAUUGAUUUUUCUUAAAUGAGAGAGAAAAAAGCAUGUUGCUUCAUUGCUUAUUCCUUUA